UCUCUCUUUACCCCCUCUCUCUCUCUUUGUGUGCUCGAUCUCCGAGGAUCCAUGGCGGAUCAGCUCACCGACGACCAGAUCUCCGAGUUCAAGGAGGCCUCCAGCUUGUUCGACAAGGACGGCGAUGAUACUUCGUCUGUGCAUGGGAUGACCGAAUUGAUCGAAAUCCUGAAGGAAAAUGACAAAUCUAAGAUUCCUAUAAAUUCGUCGAUCGAAAUAAAAGUCCUUUUCUUCGCGAGAGCUCGCGACUUAACCGGGUUAUCAGAAACCUCUAUUGAAUUGCCCGAAGGGAGCACUGCUGGCGACUGUAUGAGUAAGCUCUUAACCAAAUUUCCGAACUUGGAAGAGAUCUCAAAUUCAAUGGUUUUGGCUCUAAAUGAGGAGUAUGCCCCAGAAUCAACAGUUCUGAAAAAUAGGGAUGAGUUAGCAAUUAUUCCGCCAAUCAGUGGAGGAUAAUAAAUAAAAUAGGUAUAGAAAAUAACGCUUCUGUUAUGUUUUUGUAUUGAUUUUUGUUAAUGGCUUUGGCGAAAAUAGGUUUCAUGGAUUGUAAAACAUUUUGUUUAAAAAUGAGGAGAAAAAUAUACAUUGCAUC